AUGAAAGUGUCGGUGCCUAGAUACUCGACAUGUUUGGUGUUUCAGAUGUUAUUUAUGUGCUGUGAUUUGUUAUUUAAUUGUUGGAGUCUCUUUCCUAAGAGUCGUGGUGGACUUCUUCUGUUGUUCUUUUUUCAGGAUUUGUGCCUUGUGUUGGCAAUAACAUCAAUUUUGAUACCAUUAUUCUCUACAUAUCUUUUUCAAGCUGGGUUAAUGGAAGUUUUGAUUCGUAAAUUCAGAGUGGCCGGAAUUGUGAUUUUAGCAUAUUUUUUGCUAUCCAUUGCUUUGCAGUCCGCAUGGAUCAUUGAAAAGUGGGAUGAUACAGAAUCUGUCUCAACACCCCUUGUUAUGGUUUUAUUUACACUUCAAAGAUGCAUGGCACCCGGCUAUUACUUCUUCUAUAAGCGUGCUUCACUCAUGGUAAGCGACCCACGCUUCUAUGAGGACGUCGACUGGAUCAACCAGAACAGGACUGAAAAGUAG